AUUGGCCAUCACCAUGCUCGCCACCGUCCAUGCCCUUGCCGUGGACACUGUUUCACACCUGGCCGGUGAAGCUCCUGUGAUCAAUGCAGAGAAGGAGUUCGACCGGUUCAUGAAGAGCUAUGAGUUUGCCAUCGAGGCCCAGAAGCUCAAACGUGAGGACAUCACGAACCUCAUGGAGUUAGUGGUUGACCGGAUGGACAUGUACCACCUCAUCGGAGCGCUCCUGCUGGAGUUCUGCGUCGGCUUCUACGGCGAGUUCAAGAUGUUGGAGGAGGACUAUGUGAAAGAGCCGAAGCUCAUCAUGGAAAUCUUUCUGCUAAGUAACAUUGCCGCUGUGGGCUACCUGCUGUUCGCGAUCUG